AUGAACUCUUUCUGGUCACAAAAAGAUGAUAAAAAACCUGAUUUACUCUGCGGGAAGCCAGCUGACUACCUUGUUCAAAAGGAAUAUUUCACACUGCUUGUCUGUUUCAUUGUUGUUUGGGGAGGGCUUUUGAGGACAUAUAUAAAGAAUUCUGACGUCCUUGUUUUGACAGUUCUUUCUCUGUCAGGAUUUGUGAUAGGACGACUGGCCUACGAUUUUAUUGAGGUGCACCAAGCUGUCUAUCCUCUUCUAAGAACACCAAGUUUUUCACUUUAUUCAUUUUUUUUACCUUUAAUUAUAUUUAUGGCUGCUUUGGAUGUGGACUGUUAUGUACUCAAGAAUAUAUUUUGGCAGGUCUUGUCUACUGGAUUAAUUAGCUUUUUUAUAGCAUUCAUCAUAAUUGGGUAUAUCGUUCUGGUAUUCAAUAAAAGUUCAUGGGAUUUGCAAUCCUGCCUGCUCUUUAGCAUCACCCUCAGCAUUAUAGAUCCUAUUCAUUCUGUGGCUUCAAUGAAAACUAUUGGCAUUUCUAAAAUGUAUAUUGAUGUCAUUAAAGGAGAAUCAUUGAUCAUUUGCGGCUUCAUAUCCAUUUUUUUUGGAAUUUUUCGGAGCAACUCAAUACCCAUUUCUAGGUUUACAGAGUUACCUGUAAUCAUGGGACUCACUGUGGCCAUUUUUGGAAGCAUAAUAUUUGGAUAUUGGUGUGCAAAAAUCAUUAAGUUUAUAUUGACUGACCUUUUUAGCAAUGUGCUGACUGACAUCAUUCUCUGCUUUUCAAUGGUGUACAUGACUUUCUACAUUGUGGAAUUUUUGGGAAUGUCAGGUGUUGUUGCUUUAGUCACUGUAGGACUGAAUUUAGAUUCCUUAACCUUUAAACCGAAGAUCAAGUUCAUAAUUACUAAGUUCUUAACAAUGUUUUCAUCUGUAUACCAACAUUUAAUAUAUACUUUCUUUGGCAUUGUGAUUGGAUGUGGAGAAACCAAGUAUUAUACGUUUUACACCAUAGUUUUCACGUUCAUCUUAUUUACAACAGUGACUUUGACUAGAUUGUUUACUAUUUUCUUAGUGAGCCCUAUUUUGAUGUAUUCGAGUUAUGAAUAUAAUUGGCGAUGCGGAGUUGUUAUCACAUGCUCUGGAAUUAGAGGAGUUGUUAGUUUACUCUUGGCUCCUGAUAUUUAUAAUUUGUCUGAAGAAAAAGUAGAUGCACCACAAAUGUUUAUAUUCUAUGUGCAAGCAAUAUCAUUACUGACCAUGGGAAUAAAUUCAUACCUGAUGAUUUGGUCAGCCAAGACAUUAGGUUUGUGUGCUAUUUCUCUCCCAAGACAAAUGGCCAUGAAAAAUGUCAGUCAGCAUAUACAGGAGAUAAUACAAAACACAAUAACUUUAUCUAAAACAGAAAAAGUGUUGACAAAUGUUAAUUGGACCUUCGUAGAAGAAAAAACAAAGAUUGAAUAUAUCAUUCCUUUUUCCUGCACUUCAAGUAAUGACAAAGAGGCGUCCCCAACAGAUGAAGUUUUAACAGAAGAAGCCAAAUUGCACAUGGCUGUAAUACAAAUGAGUAGCUUUGAAAAACAGUGUAACGAUGGAAUCCUUGAAGCAGAGGCAGCUCACAUAUUAAUUGGUGCAACCAAAAGCUAUUACCUCAUCCAAGGAAAAUUCAUGAGUAUAUAUGAUGUUUCAACUUAUGUAAAAGCCAGAAAUUGGCUUGUUAAGUUUAAAAAACUUUUAACUUUCUUGGAAUAUCGUAAAGAAAAGAUACCUUUUCUUCUACCUGGGACCAAUAAAUUUCUGAUUUUUGUAUAUCACAUUGUAUUUUCUGAAGAAUUUGAAUAUGCAGGACAUAUUAUAACAUUUAUGUAUAUUUAUCCCAUGAUAAUACAUAUGUGGCCAAUGGCAAGAGAGUUAAAUGUGUCAGCAUUGAUAUCAAUAAACUACUAUUUUAUGUUUUUAUAUGUAUUACAAUCAGCAUUGAAGAUAAUAAUUUGGAAAAGGAUAUAUUUUCAACAACCUUGGAAUACUUUGGAAUUUUUAAUUGUGGUUAUUGGAAUUGUUGAUGUCUUUUGUGUAUACUUUGUCAGAUUGAGACCAAACAACUUGGUUCUUAUUCAGUUUACAGUAAUAAUAGGAUAUUUCAGAAUAAUUAGGUUUAUUCCUAUGUUAAAGAUAUUAAUACCAAUACUGAAAGAUAUUGCAGAUGUGCAGAUCAAGAAACGCCUCAGCUUGAUGUAUAGUAUUACAAAAGGCUAUGUCAAAAGUCAAGAAGAUGCCAAACUUUUAGUAAAACAAAUUUCUAGCUGUGAAUCAAUGUAUCAGAAACUGUAUCAAAUUUUGGAAACCAACAAACGAGAUGCUAUCAAAGAACUAGGACUCAUAGAGCAUGAGUGUCGUGAUGUUGUCAUUGCUUUGAAGACUAAGCAGGCAAUCCGUAAUGUGAUUUCUAAAGCUCUGAAAAAUCUCACUUUCCUUUGCUCAAGAGGCAUUAUUGAUAAAUAUGAGGGCAUCGAGAUGAAUAAGGUACUUCUUACAAAAAUAAAAGCACUGAAUAACUUUCCAAUGGCAAUCCCACCCCUUACUCCUGACAAAUACCUUCAUAACAUCAUUUGGCUGGAAAAUAAAGAUGUUCUCAUUGAAUUCUUCAAGGAAAGAGCCAAACUUACUUAUUUUGACUAUGGAGAUGUCAUUUGUAAAGAAGGAGAAAUGUCACAAGGAAUCUACUUAAUUAUUUCAGGAAUGGCAAUUUUGCAUUGUUCCCCUCCUACCUUUGGAAUAGAGAGUAGCCUAAGGCCUGCUGCAGAGACUAAAACCAUGUUUACAGAGUACUGUACUAGCGGGGACAUAAUCGGAGAGUUGAGCUGCCUGCUUAAGUGUGAAAUUGAAUAUACUGCGAUCUGUGAAACGAUAUUAGAGGCCUGCUUUAUCUCCCUGGAGGAUUUAUAUGAAGGCUUUGAUGUCUUCUGGCCAUCCCUGGAAUAUAAAAUAUGGCUAAAGCUUGCUCUCAGUACUGCCUAUCAGUAUUUUGAAUCAAGUCUCAUUGAUGAGGACUUAAAGUUUCAGAAGUGUGUGUUAUUCAACCACGCAUAUGUGGAGACAUUAUCAAGCUAUAAUGAAAUGACUAUUGAUAACAUGACCAUGAAAUUUGUUAUCAUUGUGUAUGGCAGUGUAAUUGAUACUAAGACGGAGGAAACGUAUCUUGCACCUUGCAUUAUACCUAAAACCUGCGAGCAGGUUCAGGGAACUUCUGAUUUAACCAAGCUGCUGAUAAUUCAAGCAUCUGAGCCUUCCAAAAAUAAUAAUGCCACCAACGUCAUGGCAUCGGUCGACUCUAGUCUUCAGCGACCAAGAGAGAAUAUAAGUGGAAGAGAAAAGAUGACAUAG